AACUCGUCCAAAAGACGCGUCCGGCCUACCCCGGUAUACACACUUUUUAGGUUAAGUUCGCACAACCAACGUUUACCAAUUUUUGUGUUACAAGUACCCCCAAAAACCGCCCAAAAUGACGAUGGGCAAGAACAACAAAAUGCUCCAGCAUAUAAACUACAGAGUCCGAAUAACCCUCCAGGACUCCCGCACUUUCAUAGGCACCUUCAAAGCCUUCGACAAACACAUGAACAUGAUCCUCGGAGACUGCGAAGAGUUCCGGAAAAUCAAACCGAAAAACGCUAAAGUGGAAAGGGAGGAAAAGCGGGUUUUGGGCUUUGUUUUGCUUAGGGGCGAAAGCAUCGUCUCGCUAACGGUAGAGGGCCCUCCACCACCAGAGGAGGGUUUACCCCGCGUCCCAAUCCCCGGUGCCGCCCCCGGACCCGGAAUAGGACGCGCCGCCGGCCGCGGCAUGCCAGCAGGAAUUGGCGGAGUUCCCGUGGGACUCCAGGGACCAGUGAGGGGCGUAGGGGGACCUUCUCAGCAGGUUAUGACCCCAGGAGGGCGCGGACAAGUCGCAGCACCUCCACAAAUGAGCCAGGGGCCUCCACGGAUGGGGGGACCGCCACCGGGAAUGAUGGGGCCGCCGCCAGGCAUGAUGGGGAUGCCGCCGGCGCCCAUGGGGAUGGGGCGCGGAGGGCCGCCGCCGCCCAUGGGCAUGCGGGGGCCGCCGCCGGGGAUGAUGAGGGGCGGGCCGCCAGGACCACCAAGGCCGUACUAGAUUUAAGUUUUGUAUUUACUCACAGUGUAAUUAUAAUGGAAAUAAAUGGACUUUAAUAAUA